AUGAAUUGCAUGGUUCCACUGACCCCUGUCUUUCGGGCUCUCCCCCGAUCGCUUAUUGAAUGGGGGUCCAGACAGCAGCUGAACAAUCGCAUCCAAGUCGGAAUACGUCUCCUGGAGCAAGCAGGAGGACCAAAGGAAAUCCCCAUUGAGAAAGGAUAUGCUAUGUUUCCAACCGGACUGUUAGGAAGGUACAGCCCAGGACCUCAAACAAGUCCCAGGCACCUCCGCAAGCCACUGUGCCCUUCCAUUGCAGUUCCACGGCGAGCAGACGGGUGGCGCAUCGAUAUCAACGUUCUCCAGGCCAUGCGGCGACUGUUGCAUUUGAGUCCGACAAAGUUCCCUACCCGCUGUCCUGGUUCCGGUAACUCAAGGCUGCUAUUCCUGUCAUUCGUUCCGUCUUGCCCUCUGGCGCAAGACAUUCACUCCUCAAAUCCAUAUAACAUAUGCGCCAACAUUAUCAUCGAUAUUCCACAAGCCGACGCGCUGGAGCAGAAGCAGCAGCAGAAGCCGAUGUCGACGGUCCGCCCUGACCCACACCCGCGAGGCACGAUGAUUCCAAUGCAAAUACAGGGAGAGGCAGACAGGGAGAGGCAGGCAGGCAGGCAAGCUCGCCGACCAAAGACGAAUGGCGCCAAUCAUGUUGGACCCUGGGCGAUCGUUGGUCCGAGCGCCAGAGACCCAGAAAUCCAGAGUUCCAGGACUGAGGGCGACGCCCUGCAGCAUUCCCAGACCGCGCCUCGCACGUUUCUAUGGAGUAGAUGUGCACACCACCCACUGCACCACCGCACACUUGCAGUUCCCAGCACCAACCACCACCACCACCACCACCGCUACUGUACAACUCCACGAGACGCGCCCCUCGAGGCCACAGCUUGGCGGCUUAAGCCAAGAAAAAGCCUCUGGGCCGCCGUGGGCCCUCGCGUGCGUCGAGCGCGAGCCAGUCAGAGCCAGAUGCCUGCAGCAGACCAGACCAGAGGGGAGAGCCGGAGAAUGAAGAGGGGCGGGGCAGGCCACCCCCCUCUGCAUGGAAUCGACGAACAGCACAGCGAGCGAGCGAGCGAGUGCAGUGCGACUCUGGGGCGGGACUGCUGGGAGCCCGAGAAAUCGUCCUCGACGCGGCUGGCCUGCAGUAGGAGCAACAGUCGCAACUUCACCUCUCACACGCUUCACUUGACGGAUGUGUCGGUUCACGGAGCCAGGCCGCGAUGGGGGCAGCAGAUGUCCCUCCUGCUCCCGCCUCCCAGACGAAGACCAGACCAGACCAGACCAGACCAAACCAAACCAAACCGACUCCCGACUUCCCUCUCCGAGGGGCAUGAACAUCCCGUCAUGCCCUAA